AUGCUCACCCCACAACCAAACCCAACUACUCAAUUUUGGCCUACCCUUUGGUUUUUUUAUUAUGCUGAUACAGAAAAUUCUUCUAAUGAAGACACAGAUGAGGAUGUGGAUAAAGUAGAUUCUUCUGAUAAAAAUACAGAUAAGGGCAUGGAUGCAGUAGAAUUUUUUGAUAGCAACGA